GGCGCAAAUAUGUGCAAUUACAUCGUUAUCAGAAAGCAAGUGUGAGGGAAGUGGAUCACAUUCAAAGAAUCUUAAAGAAGUAUGGCGGAAUUACAGGACAAGAGAUCAAUGUUGAUAAAUAUUCAGUUUUCUUCAGUAAGAACACCCCGGAAGCGCUCAAAAGCAUUAUCACAAAUAAAUUGGGAUUUCCACCUUCUAUUUGCCCCGACAAGUAUCUCGGUGUUCCUACAAGUUGGGGGCGUUCAAAGAAAGAAACUUUUCUGUUCUUACUGGAAAGAAUGGAGAAAAAGGGGGAAUCUCGGAAGAGUUUACUUUUAUCACCGGGCGGAAAGGAAGUACUUCUGAAGGCAGUGAUUCAGGCAAUCCCGACCUACCUGAUGAGUGUCUUUCUCCUGCCUCGCUCCCUCACCAACAAGAUGGAUUUGGUGUUGAAAAGAUUUUUCUGGUCCGGAUCAAUGAGGAGAAAAUCUUUACAUUGGUGUGAUGCCAAAGUCCUGGAAAAACCGAAGGAGGAAGGAGGACUCGGCUUCAAAAAUUUUCAUUUGUUCAAUGUUUCUCUCAUUGGUAAACAGGUCUGGAGGUUGUUGCAAAACACGGAUGCAAUUUGGGUGAGGCUGCUUAAAGGUCUUUAUUUUUCCAAUGGAGUCUUCUUUUCGGCAGCUAAAGGAAGAAAUGGAUCAUGGAUAUGGAGCGGGCUCUGUGAAACCAAAGAGAGACUCAAGCUGGGCUUGCUAAAGAGUAUUAUGUCAGGUAAUGAUUCAUUGUUUAACACUGACCCUUGGAUACCUUCUGCCCCUGCUUUCUCCCUUGCCACCUUAGGUCUAAACCAGUCAAAGGUGAGCGAGUGGAUUCUUCAAGAGGAACGAUUAUGGAAGGUGGAGAGUUUGCGAGAGGUGGUUCCUGAAGGAGUGAUUCAGGAUAUCCUGCGCAUUCCGAUUGGACCAGCUGAGGCCCCUGAUCAAUGGGUUUGGAAGUUUACCAAGACGGGAGCUUACACGGUGAAGUCCGCCUAUCGAGCUCUGAGGGAAUCAAGGGACCAGUUUGUGCAGCCUACGGCGUUGGUCCAGUCACUUCCUAAUGGUGAUGACUGGAAAUGGUUAUGGUCGCUCUCCCUUCCACCAAAGCUCCGUUUCUUCAUUUGGAAGAUUGCAAAGGGUGCCAUUGCUACGAGAUCCCGACUGUUCGAUGGAAGAUGUGCUCCCAACCCUUGCUGCUCAAUCUGCAACCACAAUAUUGAAUCUAUCUAUCACUGCUUCUUCUCAUGCCCCCAUGCAACAGCCACUUGGGAGCUGAUGGAGCUUUCGCCUUUCGUUCCCCCCGAGGAAGGCCUCUUCUCAGAAUGGUUCUUCAACCUUCGGGAAGCGCUGCCAGUGGAGGCUAUCAAAAGAAGUGUCUGCUGCUUAUGGAACAUUUAGAUUGCUCGCAAUGGUUGCAUAUUCGAGGAUAAGGUCAUUUCCCCGACCUCUUCUGCAGUGCUAGCUGAUAGAGAUUAACAUGCCAUAGAGGAAGCGCGAAGUUCCACCUCUGCUCUGUCUGCUAAGAGGCCAACUGUACUGUAAUCUCAGCCUAUGGGAUCCCGUUCUCAUCCUUCACCACCGCCAGGUCCUUUCCAGAGGAUAAUUCACUGUGAUUGCUCGUUUUGUGAGGAUUCACAGGAGGCGACUUAUGGGAUUACGAUUUCUAAUGCCCAUGGUCAAGUUUUGGACGGCAAGGCUGAGAAAGUCUUUUAUUCCUGUCCUAUUCAAAUGGAAGCUUUUGCAAUUCUUAAUGCAGUCAUGUGUGCGGUUCAGGAUGCUUGCUCGACUUGGAUCAGAUCUUAUUGCCAGAUUCUGACAAGUGCCUUGAAGCUUGCUCCUGACCUUUGGCCUUGGCAAUGUUGACCGAUCUUGGGACGUAUCAUUACACUCCUCCAUUCGUCUCCAUGGAUCUCUAUUGAUUUUGUUCCCCAUCGUCUCAAUAGGCUUGCUGAUUGGGUGGCAUGUAAUGAACGGAUGGGAUCUCUCCCACUGGAUUGGUUGAUUAUUGCCGAUCUUAUUUCUCCUCUGCUGUAAGAAUGUAACUGGUUUCCCUUGAGGGGUUAUGGUAUAAAAAGCAGGUUCUCAUUGUAAAAAAAAAAAGGUGUAUAGUUCAGGCCAUAAUGUUAUAGAUCGAAAAGAUUGGCUAGAACAGGGGCGGACCCAUGCAUUAGCAAGGUGUGUCAACCGAAACACCUUGGCUCGGAAAUUUUGUGAGAGAUCCAUGUUUCGUUGGUACAAAAAAUUGAAUUCGGGAUUUCUGACACACCUCACAUAAUUGCAAUCGACACACCUUUAAUACACUACAUUGAUUUUGAUGUCAUAUAGCAAUAGGUACCAAAAUACACAAAUAUAUAUUAUUUAUUUUAAUUUUUAGUGAAAAUGUCGAGAGGAAAAAAUUCACAACCCAUGGCUCACAGUUCUCUGUCCUCUGCUCCACUCUCUAAUUGCUAGCACCUGCUGGUGGAACCUCAUCCUCUUUCAAACUUUUACGUUAACGCCUGUCGCCAGCGUUCCUGCUUUCCAUUUUAUGCUAUGGAGUUAAUCAAGAGCGAACUUCAAAAUCAGUUUUAUGAAUGAAUUUUUACUUUUGUACGUAAAAAAAAGUUUGAUCACACCAUAAGUGAAAUAUAUUUUACAAACCUUUCUGAAUAUGAAAAGUUAUCGUGUGUCACUGUGAAAAAUAAUAAAUUGCCACCUUAAUGAAUUAAUAUUUUAUUUUACUUUUUAUUUAAUACAUUUAAUUUAUUAAUUAUUUUUUGUCUGCCGACACACUUAUCAAAGAAUCCUUAGUCCGCCACUGGGCCAGAAUGUUUAUUAUGUGAAAAGUUCAGGCCAUGCCCCAUACAAAUAUAUUAACCCUAUAAAAAACAUGUGUAUUUGAGAAAAAUUCCCUCUAAACAGGAGAGGGCGGCUCAAUAAUAAGGCUACUAGCUAGGAUAGUAGUGUGUGAACAAUGAAUAUUGCACGUCUAGAUGUGUUUGAUUCAAAGUUCAUGAAAUGGCAGGUAUUAGUGUAUAUAAAAAACUGGUCAAUAUAAGAACUUAUUAUUUUGUCAACUAGAUUAGAAUUUGGCUCGUUGGCCAUAUUAAAAAUGAAAUUACAACAAUUUUGAGUGUCGUCGUGUAUUACUCAUAUGGACAGGUCAAACAAUUUUAUUGGAUAUAAAUACCUUGAUAAUAUAUUGAAAAAUCAAAGAAUAUCAUAAAUAAUUAAAUAAAAAUCUUUAU